AUGGACGUGGAGGAUGCAACGACGUUAAGCUACGAGGCCUUUUGCGCCCGUUAUAUGACGCUUAACCGGCCCGUACUGCUGCGAAACGUCACGGAUACGUGGUUCUCCAAGGCGAGGCACUGGCGUGAUGGGCGAAAAAUCAACUUUAAGUAUUUGAAGGAACACUACGGCGCUGCAUUGGCACCGGUGGUGAGUGGCGAUGUGGCGGAGUACGGAGCUGAGAAUCGAUGGACAAUGAGACUAGAUGAGUAUUUGGACCUAGUUGAGAGCAAAAUGGCGGGGAAGAAGUACCUCAAGGACUGGCACUUCGUUCACGCCUUCGGUCACGACAGUUACGUAACACCACCUUUUUUCAAGGAUGACUGGUUAAAUUGGUGGUGGGACCACAAGGAGAAGAGCGACAGCGACUACCGGUUCGUGUAUCUUGGUGAGUUUGUGCUGACACGCCCCGCUGGAAGCUGGACACCGCUACACCAUGAUGUAUUCCGCUCGUACAGCUGGUCGGUAAAUGUGUGCGGCCGCAAGAAGUGGGUAUUUUACCACCCAGAUGAUGAACCCAAACUCAAAGAUCGCUUCGGUCGCUUUGUCGUCCCUGACGUGACAAUUGGGAAGAUUGACACGGAGCAAUAUCCCCAAUUUCAUGAAGCAAAGCCAAUCCAUGUCGUCCAAGAAACUGGUGAUGCGAUUUUUGUUCCAAGCGGAUGGUACCAUCAAGUCGAGAAUCUUGAAGACACGAUCUCGAUCAACCACAACUGGUUUAACGGGUACAACGUCCGAGAGAUGUGGAAAUUCUUUAAGCGUGAGUACGCCGCCGUGGAGCGUGAGCUAGAAGACCUAAAGGAAAUGGGACUGGUCGGACGUGAGUUUGGUGACCAGUGCCAACUGGUUAUGCUAGCGAACACUGGCAUCAAUUACGUGGAGUUUCGCGAGCUGUUGUACGCCAAAGCAAGUCAGCUUCUUGAAGAAAGAGAAGAUCCAGACGACAACAGCUUGGCAAGGGUUGGAAGUGAUCGAUUAAUUCACCUUGGAUAUGUAAGUUCACGUCGAUGUGAAGACUUUGAGCCGUCUGGAAAUUGA